AUGGACGAAGCGAUUGCCUCGGUCAUCACCGUCACUGGGUCGACUCCAGAAAUCGCCGCGCAAUAUGUCCAGCUCGCCGAUGGAGACCCCAACCAAGCGGUUCAGUUGUUCUUCGAAAACGGUGGCGCAGAUCUCGGCGUCGCCUUUCCACAGCCUCAACCCUCCACAAGCUCCUUCCAAACGGGUGAUGCUCAGAACCCAAUCAACUUAGACGCAGAUGAGCAUAUUUCCGAUGACAAUGAUCCCGAGAUUACUGGCUUCAGGAAAGCAUCACGAGGCGCUGCUUCCUCACGACCUACGAAUGACUUUGAAGACGACGAGGCGAUGGCGAGGCGGUUACAAGAGGAGAUGUAUGGCAGCAAUGAUGUAGAGCACAAUGUCAGAGCCCCCAUUGCCCGACAAGUCGAGACGUUAGUCGGUCCUGGCGCGGAUCCCUUUCCUGCGGCCGGACCAGAGUAUGAUGCAGCACUAGAGGAGAGGUUACGUUCUUUUCAAAGGAGACGCAAUCAAGUUCGUCCUGGCAUAUUCAACCAACAUGAGCCUCCAUCAAGCAUCUGGGAUCGGGAUGUUAGAGAAGCCGAGGCUGGAAGAGGCUUUCUUGCAGAGUCCACCGGAGGAGCAUCUGAGGCUUCAUCGAGAUCCACCAGGCUCGCCCGACUUUUUCAGCCCCCUUGGGAGUUGAUGUUUAAAGGAGAAUGGGAUGCUGCUCGAGGCGAAGGCAAAGAACACAAAAAAUGGCUGUUGGUCGAUAUCCAAGACCCAUCCAUAUUUGACUGCCAAGCGCUAAACCGCGAUCUGUGGAAGAACGAGGGUAUUGUCGACACAGUCAAAGAGAACUUUGUCUUCAUUCAAUACAACAAGGACGACCCACGUGCUGGCCAGUACAUCCAAUAUUAUUUUCCGACCUACGAGAACCAGGAUGAGUAUCCUCAUGUUGCGAUCGUGGAUCCUAGAACAGGCGAACAGAUCAAGCUAUGGUCACGAAAGGUACCAUCGCCGGCAGAGUUUUUAAUGCAACUUCACGAAUUCCUUGAUCGAUACAGUUUGGACAACAAUGCACGAAAUCCUGUUGCUAAGCGCAAAUCAGAAGCUAAGAAGGAGAAGCCUCUGGAUCAAUUGACUGAGGAAGAACAACUCGAAAGAGCAUUGCAAGCAAGUCUUGGAUCCCAGGAGAUUGUAGAACCCGGGUCAUCUGCUGCAGAGGAUCCCGACGCCCUCACAAGGAGUAUUGGAGAUGUACGAGAUGCAGAAGCUCCAUCAAUUGCAGAAGCUAUGGACCUGGACGACCCUAGCGCAGCCACGACGAGCGAAACAUCCCCAUUUUCACAGAUUGCUUCUGACCGUCCCCAUGUGGAACCUCCUGCUGGCCCUGGCAUUACGCGAGUCCAGAUCAGACACCCAGGCGGUAGGAUCGUGCGACGAUUUGGCGAAGCCGAUCCUGUACAACGAAUAUAUGAAUUUCUGAAGGCCGAACCCUUGGAGGGCAGAGAGGGGCAGGACUUUGAAUUGGUGUCUAUGGGAAAGAAUCUCAUCGAUUCUCGGCAAGAGACAAUCGAAGCUGCAGGAUUGAAAAAUGGAACUGUGAUGGUGGAGUUUGUGGAGUAG